AUUUGAUAACAUAAAAUAAAAAAUGGAUGGUUGGAAAGACGGUAUUAAAAGAAGUAUCGAAAAUGCAAAAGCCAACUGUCGCUUAGAAUGCACCGAAUUUGGAGUCUUUACAAAGAAUGGAAGUUUCUGUACGUACAUUGGAACCAGCAAAAUAGAGGGGAGUCUAGAUGAAGAAACUAGACGCAAAAUAGCCGGAGCGUUUGAUCAGAAAACAGAAAAUGUCAUGGAGGAUUUACAGAGCUAUGGAAUCAAAGUAGGCCCAGUGAAGUAUAAAUUCAUCAAUGGUGAAGAUAAAAUCGUGUUCUCAGACACAAAUUCUGGUUUAGUCUUUGUUGACGCCGGCAUUUACAUUACUUAUGGCAUCUCAGCAGAAUUAAAAACAGAUAAAGCAAACGUUAUUGCAGGAUGCCAAAGUUGUGCUGAAUGGCUGAAAGACUCUCAAGUGAAACAAUAGAUUAUUAGUGAGCCAUAUAAAUUUUCACAAGGGACGUGUUGGACGAAAACAUAAAAAGAUGAUUUUCAUUGCAUUAACCAUUAUUGAAAAGAGUUACCAUUCAUUUAUAAAAAAAAUUUAAUAAAUUGAUUGCUAUUAUUAUUUGCUAUUUGUUAUAGGAAAACUGUACGACACGACAGACCGAUUUCAACAUUUAUAAAAUUGUACCUACGAAUAAAUACUUUCAA